AUGCCUCUAUUCAGGAGCUCUCCUGACCCCCCGAUGCAAAAUUCUCAACACAUUACCAUCUAUCUUGCGAUUGUCGUUCUCAUUCUGACUUACGUAUUACUUUCCCGGGGAUUGGGGCCGGCCAGAAAACCACCAGUAUCGGUGAAUUACCAUUUCACCCGACAAUGCAACAAGUCCUGUGGGUUUUGCUUCCAUACUGCUACUACAUCAUUCAAGCUGUCAACAGAAAAGGCCAAAAGCGGCCUUUCCCGCCUCAAAGAUGCCGGGAUGCGAAAAAUCAACUUUGCAGGAGGAGAGCCUUUCAUGUAUCCCAAAUUCCUUGGGCCUAUGGUUCAAUUUUGCAAGGAAGAGCUACGUCUGGAGUCAGUCUCCAUAGUUACUAAUGGCAGCCUGGUGAAACGGGACUUUCUCAAACAGUAUGGGCAUUUCAUCGACAUUCUCGCCGUUUCAUAUGACUCCUUCAACGAGCAAACUAACAUCGACAUUGGCCGCGGGAAGGGAGACCAAGUGCCGCAGCUGUUUCGCAUUGCAGAGUGGUGCCAGGAAUACGGCAUCAAGUUCAAACUGAACACCGUUGUAUGCAACCUCAACCAUCUAGAAGAUAUGAAUGCAACCAUCGAACGGUUACGGCCCUUCAGAUGGAAAUGCUUUCAGGUUCUCCUAGUCCGGGGAGAAAAUGAUUCUGACCAAACAUUGAGAGACGUGCGGAAAUUUCAAAUCACAGAUGAACAGUACCAAGCAUUUUGUCGUAGGCAUGAACACCAGCCAUCAUUUGUUGCGGAACCAAACAACCUUAUGGCUAAGUCUUAUUUGAUUUUGGAUGAAUAUAUGCGGUUCCUUGAUAGGGACGGCCGAAAACCAUCGUCAUCCAUUCUUGAUGUUGAUGUGUUCACUGCUUUGAGCCAAGUAUUCUGGGAUGAGGAGAGCUUCAAAAAGCGUGGUGGAAUUUACGACUGGAGCAGAGAAACUACUACUCAAUCGGCUUGUGGGUCUGGAAACAAUAAGGAUCUAGCAUGGUAA